CUGUUGAAUCGAGCUAAUUUCUUAUUGGCACGAAAUAGACGGACCAAUAAAUACAUUGCGUUAAAAUCAGAAAAAAUUCAAAUUAAUUUGUGGCAGGAGACGCUGAGCUUGCUGGGAUAAUGAAGCAGUUUCCUCGCUUUUCAACGGCACUUCGUGCGAAUACAGAUUUGGAAGCGAAAUUGCCUCAACCUGGAGCGGCUCAAAAGGAUUUGAGAAAAUUGCAAGAAGAAGAAAUCGCGGAACGGCAAACAUUGGCGCAGGUACUUGAACAACUGCCUCCUGAAAAGCAACCACAAGCGAAGGUACAUCUUCAGAAGCUACGCAACCUAGUACAAGAAUGUAUGGGCUACGAAGAACAGCCACAGGUGGUGGAGCAUGCUGCACUAUUUAUGUUUUGGCUGCUAUUGGAACAACGAGUGGUGACUGUGGCGUCGAAAAUGCGUGUGCGUGGUAUGUUCGGCAGUAUCUUCGAAAUGAAACUCACUAAAAUACACCAAUGCAUUGGCGAAAUACGUCAGUUGCUGGAAGAUUUUCAACUUGAGGCUUUAAAACACUGGAAUCGCAAAACAAAUCGAGAUGCGCUAGACAAAAAAAGUUGGGGCACAAAUAUACGCGUACGCUUGAAAGGACCACCCUUGGGCGACUUACAACAACUACAAGACCUUGCACCUAACGCUCAAUUACAAAAAAAUGCAGCUAUUAAUUUUUCAAUGCAAUGGAACAAAGAUGCCGAACAACUGCGCAAUGGGGAGAACGAGAGUGAAUUGUCGCAACUGCUAGAGCUGUCAGUAACUUCCGGUGAUCCGAAACUUGUAACCAAAGUAAGCGAGCAGCUUAGCUCGAAAUGCAGCAACAAUGAAUUGCAAAAUGAACUUAUUGAACUUCUGGGAUUUGAUCGCUUCGAUUUGGUAGAGCAGCUGCUGGAACAACGCACCACAAUUGCUGCAAAACUGGAACAACAUGAAAAGCGUGAACAACGUUUACAACUUACCAAAUUAGCUCAACAACAACGAAUAACUGGCAACAACGAAAUGAGGCCGACAGUUACCAAAACCGUUGUGGUGCAAUCAGCACUGGAAAAAGAGCUUUCUAAACAAAAUCGGCGCGACGGUAAGAAGAUACAACGUAUGUUGCAAAGCAUGAAUCGCAACAACGAUGACGACGACGAAGCUGUUGCACGCGCAUUCAAUCCAACGCAACUACGCCUUCAACAACAACGUAAAUUGCUCGAAAAUGUGCAACAACAACCAGUACUAAAAACUACACAACGCUUACAGGAAAUGCGUGCAGCCGCUAGCUACCACAGCAACACAAUACAAUAUCCAUACGUAUUUGAUAGCCAACUUACAGCCAAACAACAUGCCGGGUUUAUAGGCGGCAAUCGCAUAAGUUUGCCAGACCAUGCCGAGCGCAAAGACAACAAACAGUAUGAAGAAGUGAAAAUACCAGCAAACGAACCGCCUCCACUUAGUAUUGGCAAUAAUCGUAUUCAAAUUUCUGAUCUCGAUGAAAUCGGCAAAAUGGCAUUCGAGAAUUGCACAGAACUCAAUCGCAUACAAUCGGUGGUCUAUCCGGUGGCAUAUCACAGCAACGAGAAUAUGUUGGUGUGCGCUCCCACUGGUGCUGGUAAAACCAAUGUGGCUAUGCUAACUAUGGUGCAUACGAUACGAGCACAUCUCGAAGGAGGUAUCAUCAAUCGCGACCAAUUCAAGAUUGUUUAUAUAGCGCCGAUGAAGGCUUUGGCAGCAGAGAUGGUUGAGAAUUUUGGCAAGCGUUUAAAAUCUCUGAAUAUUGUUGUGAGAGAAUUGACUGGCGAUAUGCAGUUAUCAAAAACAGAAAUGACACAGACGCAGGUGUUGGUCACAACGCCGGAAAAGUGGGAUGUGGUCACUAGAAAGGGUGCUGGCGAUGUAGCACUCAUUAGUUUAGUGAAGCUGCUCAUCAUCGACGAAGUACAUCUGUUGCACGGUGAACGCGGUCCUGUUGUUGAGGCGGUAGUCGCACGCACUCUGCGCCUCGUAGAAUCUUCACAGAGCAUGAUACGUAUUGUCGGACUAUCGGCUACAUUGCCUAAUUACAUCGAUGUAGCGCACUUCCUUCGUGUCAAUCCAAUGAAAGGCCUUUUUUAUUUCGACUCUCGCUUCCGGCCCGUGCCCUUGGAUACUAAUUUCAUUGGCGUUAAAGCAGUAAAACCGCUCCAACAACUCUCCGAUAUGGAUCAAAUUUGCUAUCAAAAAUGUUUGGAAAUGGUUAAGGAUGGACAUCAGGUCAUGGUAUUUGUACAUGCGCGUAAUGCCACUGUGCGCACAGCAACAACCCUGCGAGAAUUGGCGCAGCAAAACCAAACCACUUCCUUCUUUUUACCCAACGAAACUACGAAUAGCUUUAAUUUGGCACAGCGCGCUAUACAAAAAAGCCGCAACAAACAGUUGGUUGAGCUUUUUGCUUGCGGUCUGGGCAUUCAUCAUGCGGGCAUGCUGCGCUCCGACCGCCAGAUGGUCGAAAAGUACUUCGGUGAGGGUCACAUCAAAGUGCUAGUCUGUACGGCGACACUGGCAUGGGGUGUUAAUCUACCCGCGCAUGCUGUUAUUAUAAAAGGAACUGAUAUUUACGAUUCGAAGCAUGGCUCAUUUAUAGACCUCGGCAUUUUGGAUGUACUGCAGAUUUUUGGUCGAGCUGGUCGUCCUCAAUUUGAUAACAAAGGUGUUGGCACCAUCAUUACCACCUACGAUAAGUUGAAUCACUAUCUGUCGCUGCUAACCAAUCAAUUCCCAAUCGAAUCGAAUUUCAUACAGUGCCUCGCCGAUAAUCUAAAUGCCGAGAUAACACUAGGCACCAUAUCGAAUGUCGAAGAGGCCAUUGAAUGGCUGAGUUACACGUAUCUCUUUGUUCGAAUGCGCAUCAAUCCACAUGUCUAUGGCAUCGAAUACAGCGAUCAACAAAAAGAUCCCACCCUGGAGGCUAAGCGUCGGGGUCUCAUCAUGUCUGCCGCUUUGAGCUUGGACAAGGCGCGCAUGAUUCGCUUCAAUCAGCGCACAAUGGAUUUCAACAUUACAGACUUGGGACGCACAGCAUCGCAUUUCUAUAUUAAAUAUGAUACAGUCGAGAUUUUCAAUGAUCUGCUUAAACCUUUUAUGAAUGAAGCCGAGAUUUUCGCAAUGAUUUCACAGGCACAAGAAUUUCAACAACUUAAAGUACGCGACGAUGAGUUGGAAGAGUUAGAUGAAUUACGCACUUCCUACUGCAGAGUUAAAGCGGCCGGCGGCAGUGAGAAUAUCAGCGGCAAGGUCAAUAUCCUCAUGCAGACAUUCCUCUCACAUGGCUAUGUGAAAUCUUUUUCACUCAUCUCCGAUAUGGCCUACAUAGUCCAAAAUAUAGUACGUAUUACCCGCGCACUCUUCUCCAUUGUGCUGCGCAACAACAACGCCAUACUGGCCACACGACUUUUGCAGAUAUGCAAAAUGUUCGAACGACAGCAAUGGGAUUUCGAGACGCCGCUCCGGCAAUUUUCUGCCAUCAAUGCUGAAACUAUUGACAAGCUUGAGAGGCGCGGCAUCAGCCUAUAUACGCUACGUGAAAUGGAGCAAAAUGAAUUGAAGGAGAUAUUGCGCAAUCCGCGUUUCGCUGAUUUGGUGCUUCGUUCGGCGCGCGAGGUACCCAUGCUUGAUGUCGAAGCAAUGCUGCAACCAAUAACGCGCACGGUACUGCGCAUAAAAAUUGACGUCUGGGCCAAUUUCAAUUGGAACGAUCGUGUGCAUGGGAAAGUCAGUGAGCUAUUUUGGUUGUGGAUUGAAGAUCCAGAAUCGAAUUUCAUCUAUCACUCCGAGCAAUUUCAGGCAACACGCAAGUUUGUUUAUGGCGGCAAGCCGCAACAACUCGUAAUGACCAUACCACUGAAAGAACCAUUGCCACCGCAAUAUUAUGUACGCAUUGCAAGUGAUAAUUGGCUCGGGAGCGCCACAUGGACUGCCCUCUCAUUUAAACAUCUCGUGUUGCCCGAGCACCAUCCGCCACUCACCGAGUUACUGCCAUUACAUCCCUUGCCAGUCUCAAGUUUGAAAAAUCCGCAAUACGAAUCGCUAUAUAAUUUCACACACUUCAAUCCAAUUCAGACACAAAUCUUUCAUUGUCUGUAUCAUACCGACAAUAAUGUGCUACUGGGCGCACCCACGGGCUCUGGUAAAACUAUUGUCGCUGAAAUUGGCAUUUUCCGUGCUUUCAACAAGCAUCCACGCGCCAAAAUUGUAUAUAUUGCACCACUAAAGGCGUUGGUUAAAGAGCGUAUAUACGAUUGGAAGCGUCGUUUUGAGGGCCCACCUCUGCGUUGGAAAGUGGUGGAGCUGACCGGUGACACAACGCCUGAUAUACAGGCCAUACGUGAGAGUCAAGUUAUUGUGACAACACCGGAGAAAUGGGAUGGUAUAAGUCGUUCGUGGCAGACACGUGAAUAUGUGCAGGAUGUGGUUUUGAUUGUGAUCGAUGAGAUACAUUUGCUGGGCGAAGAUCGUGGGCCGGUCAUUGAAGUGAUUGUCUCGCGUACGAAUUUUAUCACUUCGCAUACGGGGCGUACCAUACGCAUUGUCGGCUUGUCAACGGCAUUGGCCAAUGCGCAAGAUUUGGCUAAUUGGCUGGGCAUCAAAAAGAUGGGUCUGUACAACUUUAAGCCAUCGGUGCGUCCUGUGCCACUACAGGUGCAUAUAAAUGGAUUUUCCGGUAAACACUACUGUCCACGCAUGGCCACCAUGAAUCGUCCCACAUUCCAAGCUAUUCGCACUUACUCACCCUGCGAGCCGGCCAUCGUUUUCGUAUCGUCACGCCGUCAGACGCGGCUGACCGCACUCGAUUUGAUCACUUUUGUCGCGGGUGACGAGAACCCUAAGCAAUUCCUUCAUUUGCCCGAGAACGAAAUGCAUCAGAUACUGCAAGGAAUCAAGGAAUCUAACUUGAAAUUCUGUCUUGCAUUUGGCAUUGGUCUCCAUCACGCUGGUCUGCAGGAACAGGAUCGCAAGACUGUCGAAGAGCUAUUUCUCAAUCGCAAAAUACAAGUACUCAUCGCAACUGCCACACUGGCUUGGGGCGUUAAUUUGCCGGCGCAUUUGGUCGUCAUUAAAGGCACUGAAUAUUUCGAUGGCAAGGUAAAAAAAUAUGUGGACAUGCCGAUAACCGACGUGCUACAGAUGAUGGGUCGUGCCGGUCGGCCACAAUUUGAUAACGAAGGUGUUGCUGUAGUGCUGGUGCACGAUGAAAAGAAAAAUUUCUAUAAGAAAUUCUUAUACGAUCCAUUCCCCGUUGAGUCAAGCUUGUUGGGCGUGCUGUCGGAGCAUAUAAAUGCGGAGAUCGUUUCAGGCACUGUACAAACCAAACAAGCUGCACUGGACUACCUAACGUGGACUUAUUUUUUCCGACGCCUGCUACGUAAUCCAACCUACUACAACUUGGACGGCUUGGAACCGGAGCAGCUGAAUUCGUUCCUGUCAUCGUUAAUUGAACGCGUUAUUUAUGAAUUACAAUCGGCAGCUUGUGUUCUGCAACGCGAAAACUUGCUGAUACCGACAUUCCUCGGCCGUAUAGCGUCCUUCUAUUACUUAUCGCAUCGCACAAUGAAACACUUUCUGGACGAUUUGGCCGAGGGUAUGAGCACAAGUGAAGUACUGGCGGCCAUUGCCGACUCGUAUGAAUUUGAUCAGCAGCCGGUGCGUCACAACGAGGAUAAAUACAACGAGGAACUUGCUGAAUCGUGCCGCUUCCGUCCACCAGCUCCCACCUGGGACUCACCCUACACAAAGACAUUUCUGCUGUUGCAAGCGCAUUUUUCGCGCCUCUCACUGCCGAAUUCCGAUUUUCUAACGGACACCAAAUCUGCGUUGGACAAUGCCACGCGUGUCAUGCAAGCCAUGGUUGAUUAUACCGCCGAACGUGGCUGGCUAACCACGACGCUACGACUCCAGCAGCUAAUGCAAUGCGUUAUACAAGCGCGUUGGUUUGAUGAAUCGGAAUUUUUGACACUACCACAUGUGACCGCCGCCAAUGUGUCUGUCUUCUAUAACAUAGAACACACGUAUGCUUACCUAACUCUGCCGGCGCUCAAAGAACUGUGCAGGCAGGAUUACGAACGUCUAGCUGGGCCGCUGAGAGAUGUGUUUGAAGAGCAGGAAAUCGAGCAAAUCUAUCGGGUGGUGCAAGCUGUGCCUGAAAUUAGCGUGCAAAUCUCUAUACAAGGUAAGUAUUAUGAGGCUAUGGAAGCUGUGCGUGUGCUAACUACAAUGCCAUCGACGGACAACUGGACGGAGAUACAUCCAAAUGAGGAUUAUGUACUCAGCGUUGAAAUGAAACGCGUAAAUUGGAAUGCGCGUGAGCAGCGUGUACAUCACGGUAAUCCCACGGCUAUACACUGUCCGAAAUACCCGAAGGGAAAGAGUGAAGCCUGGUUCCUAACCCUGGGUUCCCAAGCCAAUAGCGAGGUACUCGCCAUGAAGCGUGUAAGUGUGCGUGGUCAGCGUGCCACCAAUCGUAUUUGCUUCCAAUCCACACCACGGCGUGGACGUGUGGUACUAACGCUGUACCUUAUGUCCGACUGCCUAAUUGGCGUUGAUCAACAAUUUGAACUGCAAUUCGAUGUAGUUGACGCGAAAGCUUAAAAAUUCACAAAAAUAGAUGUUACAGUUGGAGGCAUUGGGGAAUCUGCCAGCUAGAGACUGAAAAUUGAAUUUGAAACCACUGUUUCCCUCUUUCAGUUUAUCCUUGCAAAUAUUAAAACGGUUUGUAGUUACUAUAAGUAAAGGCAAACUUGUAAGUGUAUUCAUACUACCUGUAUGUAAGUCUAACCUGUUACAAUAAUGUAGCUUUAUUUAGCGAAUAUUAAUGCACACUUAAAAACCAAAACUUUUUGGUUUAUAAUCCAUCUAGUAUCUAUUUUAUUAUUCAUUAUUAUCUCUUUAUAUUUUUGUAACUUAACUAAAUUAAGUUCGUAAGCGAAUAUUCAAAUAUGUAUUUGAGUCAGGGAAAUGAAGUCCAAUAAAGUUGAAGAAUCAAGAAGUUGCUUGGUUUUUGAGGAAGCAGCAUUUAA